AUGGAAGAAGAAAAAAGCCAAGAUGCGCUGGUCGACUACGACAGCGAUAGCAGCUUUAUCACGGUAAUAGAUAGAGAAGCAAAAGACAAGAAGGAGACUGAAGCAAAGGGUGCAAUCCCGAAACGCGGCAAACCAAAAAUAAUAGAAAACAUAGAUGUGAAUAGAGAAUGGGCUGAAAAUCGUCCUGUACUACCUAUAGGGACAAAGAUACUUUACGAGAAACAAGAAAAGAUGGUUGAGAAAAUGGACAAUUCGAUGCAGAUGCUGGAUAAAGUAAUGAAAAAGGCCACCGAGAUGAUGGAGAAUAUGGUGGAAGUCUCCCGUUUAAACUUAGAGAAAGAAAAAGUUAAACUUAGACGUUUAGAGUUAGAAGCAGAGACUAAAAACGAGAAUAGAGAAAAAUUAGAGAAACCCGAAGUCAGGGUACAGAGGGCUGCUGCAGAAGAGAACAUGAAACAAGUGAAAUGCUACAGAUGCAACCGAAUGGGUCAUAUGGCAAAGGACUGUCCACUAAUAGAAUUUGGUGCCUGGUUUUGUUACUACUGCCAGGAAGUACGAGGUCACAAGGGUGAUAAUUGUCCGAGUGCCGAAGCCCAGGCGAACAGAGCUAGAGGAAAAAGGUAUUUAAAUAAAACCGUUAAUAAAAACAAAGAAAAAGAGUAG